CCAAAUUUCUAAUGAAGUCAAUGAAAACGGACUUAUUUUCUUGUUUGUUAAAGGCGGCGGUGGGAGUAUAAAACCCCUGAGGAUGAGGAGUUUUUUGAAGCAGAGGAAGUCUAAGAAGGAAACAACAAUGGCGUUGAAGUUUUUGAACAAGAAGGGGUGGCAUACGGGAAGUCUCCGCAACAUUGAGAAAGUAUGGAAAGCUGAGCAGAAGCACGAAGCCGAGCAGAAAAAGUUAGAGGAGCUUCGUCUCCAAAUCCAUCAAGAGACGGAGUGUUCUGAGUUUCGCGAAAUCAAGGAACAGGCCGGUCUCGUUCCGAAGAGGCAAGAGAGAGUGGAGUUCAUGUAUGAUUCAGAAUUAUUAACAGUGAAAGAGAAUGCCAGGAGUUCAGGACAUGGUGUUUCGUUUCAGAAUCAAAAUCAGCGAACCAGAGCUGUUGCUCUUACUACUACUACUACUACGAAGCAGAAGCAGUUGGUUCCUGGUGCCUUGUUUGAUGAUGAUAAGACUACUAAGACACACUUAGCCAAUGAUUCUUGGCGCAAAUCCCACUCCGACCCUUUGCUUCUCAUCAGGCAGCAAGAGCAGGCAGCUCGCAAAUCUGUGAAGAGAAAAUUGAGAGGAUGAUGAUGGAGCGAGCGACGUGAGAAAACAUCAGCGUAGAGUGUAAUAGCAUCAGAAUCAAUCUUCAUCUAUUCUUAAGUGUAAAGAAAACACACACUCUGUAAUUGCUUUCUCUACUUUGUGAAACAAUCAAAGCUUUUUAGUUUGAAACAGUAGUUGAAUUUGUAAAUACGCCGUUUGUCUUAUUAUAUCAGUAAUCUUUUCCAUUA